AUGGUCUGGCUAGAUCUGUAUGCUCACAACAUUGACACAAACGGGUUCAUUGAGUUGGGCGACAAGUAUGGCCUGAGAAUUCGUGGAAGCAGGUUUGUUGUCCAUUACCAAAUCGGCGAAGAAGCCAUCGACAGUCUACGCAAGCUGUUCACCGAAGUCCUUCAAGGAAAGGAGUCCAGCGGGAAGAAAGCGGAGGCGGAUCACAGUGCAGAGGAAUUGAAAAUGAAGGGCAAAGGUGUAGAGUAG